CAGACCUACUGCCAGCGAACCUGAGGGAGAUAAAAAUCUUACUGCGCUUCAGACAUGAGAACAUCAUUGGAAUCAAUGACAUUAUUCGAGCCCCAACCAUUGAGCAGAUGAAAGAUGUAUACAUAGUCCAGGACCUCAUGGAAACAGAUCUUUACAAGCUCUUGAAGACACAGCACCUCAGCAACGACCAUAUCUGCUAUUUUCUCUACCAGAUCCUCAGAGGGUUAAAAUACAUCCAUUCAGCCAACGUUCUGCACCGUGACCUCAAGCCUUCCAACCUGCUGCUCAACACCACCUGUGAUCUCAAGAUCUGUGACUUCGGCCUGGCCCGCGUUGCGGAUCCGGACCAUGAUCACACAGGGUUCCUGACAGAGUAUGUAGCCACGCGUUGGUACAGGCUCCAGAAAUUAUGCCUGAAUUCCAAGAAGACCUACAGCUCUUGUGAUUCCUUCAAAGUUACAUGGUACUUGUGUUUGCCAGGAAAGGGCCUUCCCCUGUGCCUCCACGUGGCUGUGGAGAGCGCAUCCUGUCGCAUCUGA